AUGAAGAUUCCGAAGAAAAGAUUUCUCGAGAGACUACAUACAAAGAAGUAUGAGAUGGAGCAGGAGCAAUCCGAAAGCGAUCUCCGAGGUGAACUUGCGAAAGCUGUCGCUCUGUCAGGGGACCUUGAAGAUGAGCCAGCAACUAAAAGUGAUACUGAGCCUCGAGAGCCAUAUCAAUCCUCACCUCCCGGGAUUUCUUCCGAAAAGCAAAUAGAAAAUGAGUACAAGCAUAUGUUGUCAGUGGAGACUCAACACUUGAAGGACCUUGUAGAAAUCCUUAAGGGCAAAAAAAAUAUAGCAGCAGCAUUUGGAAGGCACUCAUCCUCGGACAUCUUUGACAUCGUAAAGGAGCUUCAUUCAACACAAGAUUUGAUUGUUUCGGUUUUGGGAAAAAUAUUGCGAACGUCAGAAAGUCCUCUUGAAGUACGCUCAGACGGUCACUCCCCGUAUUCCCACUUUUACGGCAAAAUUGCAAAGCAAAUCGCCUUCAACGGUAGGUUGAGUUUCGCUAUUUUUGCGCAUUCCGCUGCCUACAAAUCAUGCGGGACAUCAGUAGGGGAUUACACGUGGUUACGUACUGAGCGUGGAUCGUAUCCUCCUCCUUUUAAAUUUGCAGAGCUGCUGCAAAAACCAUUGACGUGGAUUUCCCAAACACUUGAGAAUUUAAAGCGUAUUAGGAAGUACACACCAGCGGAUGACCCGAACUAUGAAAUCGUCGCGACUGCCGAGGACGAAUUGUUUGACGCAUCUGGUGAUCUGAUGCCACCAAAGCAGGUGAAAGAACCGAUUAAACACUCUCUUUUGGUGGAACUUCGAAACCCCCCUAACGGUGAUCGCAAGCUGAUGUCAAUAUUCCUCUUCGACAACUACCUUGUUUGCGCUAGACAGAGGGUCAUCAUUUUGCGCAAGCACUUUACUCAAGAUUCUGACAGUGACACGGCAUCGGUUUCUGGACAAGCAAAAGAUCUGCAGUCGCUCAAAAUGAACGCAAAGAGUAUCAGUCGUUAUGAGAUUAAGUGGUUUCUUCCUUUGGAUCGAGUGGAAUCAUUGGAUUCGAAUGGCAUUGCUUUUGAUGAAGAUAAACUACGCGAGCGCCUUGAAAAGAUUCAAUCGUUGAAGGAGAAAAUAACAAAAGUCCAAAGAGAACUACAUGAAGAAACCAGCAAACUGGACAAAGAGUCAAAACGACAGAAGCUGAAAAUCCCCAAGAUUCAUCGGCUUCGUUCCUACCUUUAUGGUCUCCAAGCAGAACUCAUCCUACAGGCUCCCAGACUUCCACUUUUUAUUGGCGCCACGGGUGGUCAAAAGUAUUGUCUCCUUAUGGCCUCAGAAAAGGAACGUGUCUCUUGGAAGACUGCCAUAAUGGAAGCAAAGAAUAGUUACAUCUUAGGUGGUGGACAGCAGGACUUGGCUCUUGUAAGUCAGUCAUUAACGCUUCUUUCAGUUAAACGGACUACCACACCGCGAUCAUUUGCCAGCAAUGUACGUGAAGUAUAUCGAAGUUCAACACCGAACAAAAGUACCGCUGAAAUUGAUGUACAAGCGCAGUCGGAUGCCAUCAAAAACGAACUUUCCUACAUCAUAAAUCACUGUAAAAGUGUUGGGCCUCUUAAUAAACUUGGAAAAGUCAUAAUAUCAGGCAGUGCCUUAAGCGGUAUUUUGGAAGUAUGCGUUCAUGAAAUUAAUGGUCUCGUGGAUAUUGCACCGUAUUACGUUGCAAUAGAAGUGGAUUUUUAUGGACAGUUUGAGCAGGUAGCCAAGACAAGGUGCAUAAGCGACACCUUGAACCCACGCUGGGAUCAAAAUUUCAUGAUUGUCCUUGAAACCUCCCAAACCAUAUGCUUUACGGUCUUUCGUCGGUCAACGGUAAUUGGACAACUGGAGCUUCCGGUAAGUGAUCUGAUCGACCAAGCAAACGCAUCCUACGACGUACAUACCUACGAGGCCGUUCCAGAAACUAUAAAGUUGAAAAUUUCCAUCUCCUAUACUGAAAAACAGAAGCCCUACAUAAGAAAGCUAUCAAAGGAGAAUUCUGGUGUAUAUGGCCAGGCUCUUAGUGAAGUUUUAAAGCGUGACCAAGCCAACCUGGAUGAACUAAGAACGUUGGCCAACUUCAAGCGAACAAACAAAAGUGGGAGAAACCAUGACAAGCGAGAGGAGGAGCUGCGAGUCCCAGUUUUGGUUACCGCCUGCGUUGAAGAGGUCGAACGACGGGGACUCCAAGAGGAGGGUAUCUAUCGCAUUAGCGGUGCCGCAACCGCCAUCAGCUACCUUCAGGGUCUCUUUGAUCAGGAUGUAGCUCUGGCCAUCAAACAGAUUGGUGACUACGAGAUAAACGUUGUUAGCGGUCUUUUGAAGCUCUUCUUCCGUGAACUUCCGGAGCCCAUAAUUCCACCGGCUAAUCUUGUCGAACUGAUCACAGCAUCAGCCAUUACUAACGAAAACGCAAAGAUGAAGGAGUUCAAUCGCAUUUUGAAGAGUAUUCCUCGAGUAAAUUUGGACACAUUUCGAUAUCUUCUUGAUCAUCUUAAUCGGGUCUGUCUGCACGAAUCAGAAAACAAGAUGAAUUUGGGGAACCUUUCAUUGAUUUGGGGAAUGACACUUUUUCGACCAGAUUGCACUUCCGCCUUAAUAACCCUCCCAAGUGACUCAAAAGAUCCUACAGACAGGGCCAAGUCUCCCCCGCCUUCGGUCUUGUCGGCAGCUUCGAACAGCAUGUUACUAAACAUGAUUUUUAACACAAUCUUCAAAGCCUACGCAGAAGGGAAACUUGAUUUAUCUCCCUCCUAA